AUAGGCACAAGGGCCCCGUGUUCUGAAAUUAUUUUGAGGCAAGAAGUUUUGAAAGAUGGUUUCCACAGAGACCUUUUAAUCAAAGUGAAGUUUGGAGAAAGCAUUGAGGACUUACAGACCUGCCGACUCUUAAUUAAACAGGACAUUCCUGCAGGACUUUUUGUGGAUCCAUAUGAGUUGGCUUCAUUACGAGAGAGAAACAUAACAGAGGCAGUGAUGGUUUCAGAAAAUUUUGAUAUAGAGGCCCCUAACUAUUUGUCCAAGGAAUCUGAAGUUCUCAUUCAUGCCAGACAAGAUUCACAGUGCGAUGACUGUUUUCAAGCCUUUUUGCCUGUGCACUACCGCUAUCAUCGGCCACACAGUCACGAUGGAGAAACCUCGAUUGUGGUCAAUCACCCAGAUUUGUUGAUGUUUUGUGACCAAGCUGGCUCCAGAGGAAUGAUCAGAUUCAGGUUUGAUUCCUUUCACAAAACUAUAGAGUUCCCAAUUUUGAAAUGCUGGGCUCACUCAAAAGUGGCGGCUCCUUGUGCUUUGGAGAACGAGGAUAUCUGCCAGUGGAACAAGAUGAAGUAUAAAUCAGUAUAUAAGAAUGUGACUCUACAGGUUCCAGUGGGACUGACUAUACAUACCUCUUUAGUAUGUUCUGUGACUCUGUUCGUUACAAUCCUGUGCUCUACGUUGAUCCUAGUAGCAAUUUUCAAAUAUGGCCAUUUUUCCCUAUAA